AUGUUCGAGGUAACCGACUCAUCAACAUCAACAACGCAAGCGAGCACGAAGACACUUGAUAUCGGCGACCUCUUGAGCGUGCUGAACACGGAGAAGCUCCGCGGGUACAACAUCAUAGUGUCCGUACUGCGAUGCGCAGCUGCGUACGCAUCCACGAGGCUCAAGCCCGACGGGCGCCGCGCAGGCUCCAAGAGACAGCAAAUCAACCUCUAUGUCACCGAAGACGCAGAAGUCAUCGGUCACGUCGUCGCCGCGAUCCAGUUCAUUGAGGCUGAGCAUGAGAAGGGAAGGGCCACUCGCUCAUCUGCCGACCUGUCGGUCUUGCGCAUGCGUCCUCUCGCGGCUUCAAGCUCUCGCCCGCCCACCCUCUCUCGCCUCCAUGCCCACCCUCCGCCCGCCGGUGCCUCCUUUCGCCUGCACUGCCUCCCGCCUGCGCCGUCUCUUGCUUGCGCCAUCUCUUGCUUGCGUCGCCUCUUGCUUGCGCUGCCUCUUGCCCACGCCUAA